GGCAAUACUGGAAUGCCUGGACUGACAGGGGCACCAGGACUUGAGGGAAAGCAGGGUCCGUCUGGUCCCACUGGCCUCCGUGGUUUUCCAGGAGAUCCAGGCUCUCCCGGCAACCAGGACUGCCUGGAAAAGAUGGAAUGAAAGGAGAAAAGGGUGAUGCAGCCAGCGCGCCGGGUCCGAUAGGCCCCCCGGGCCUCAAGGGUGAACCUGGUGAGCCCUGCUCUGUCAGACCUUGCAAUGGGGAGGAGGUCGCGUCUGGUCUUCGGGGGUUGCGGGGCCCUAAGGGUGAGCGAGGUGUACCUGGAGUCCCUGGAGAUGCUGGAGAGAAAGGAGAUCCUGGUAUUGGAAUCACUGGACCCCCUGGUCUGAUGGGAUCUAAAGGAGAACCAGGAAUUCAGGGUCCUCGUGGACCUCCGGGACCACUUGGAGCGCCAGGAAUUAUGGGACCUCCAGGCCCACAAGGCAGACCAGGACCCCCUGGGCCCCCUGGAGAACCGACAGCACUACCUAUUGUUGGGGACAUGGGGAUGUUACUAAAGAAUGCCUGCAGUGUGUGUCAGACCAGAGUACCAGGAUUGCCAGGGCAGAAAGGAGAAAAAGGUUCCCUUGGAGCUCCAGGUAUCCCAGGAAUGGAUGGAGAAAAGGGGGAUCAGGGACUUCGAGGCCCAGCUGGUAAUCCCGGAAAAGAGGGUCCGAAGGGAGUGAAGGGUGAGAGAGGCUUUCCUGGUCCAAUGGGGGACAAGGGUGAUGAGGGAUCCCCGGGUGUGCCUGGAUUGCCUGGAUCCACAGGCCGUAUGGGUCCACAGGGACUGAUUGGCAGACCAGGACCUGUUGGGCCCCCAGGAUCAAAGGGAGAACGGGGCAGCGAUGGGGCACAAGGCAGACCCGGACCUCCUGGACCUCCUGGUGUCCCAUAUGCAGAAGGCAAUGGAAUGAGCAGUCUCUAUAAGCUUCAGAAUGGAGCGGCUAAUACAGUUCAACCCGGACCACCAGGGCCCCAGGGGCCCAAAGGAGAUGAAGGAAGGAUGGGUGAGCCGGGGCUGAUGGGAUUACCAGGUCUAGAGGGGCUGCCAGGUGCUAAGGGUGAUCCUGGCCUAUCUGGUCCACCUGGUGUUCCUGGUCCUACUGGAAAGCCUGGUCCGCGUGGUGAGCCAGGGAUCCCUGGAGAGCCGGGAGAACGAGGGCCUGUGGGAGAGACUGGCUUCCCUGGACCUGAAGGGCCUCCUGGAUCCCCUGGAAGGCCGGGAAAAGAUGGAAUUCCAGGCUAUACGGGAGCCACAGGCAGACCUGGAGACAGAGGUACUAAAGGAGAACGGGGAGAUACAGGGAUUCCAGGAGAGAGAGGAGUACAGGGAGAAAGAGGCAAACCUGGAGAAAAAGGGGGCAUUGGUCCUCAGGGGCAGCCUGGACAGAAAGGAGAACCAGGCACACCUGGAUCUUUAACAACACCAGGAACUGUCAGUCUGUUGGGUGAUACAGCUGCCUUGGAGGAAAUUAAAACAUUCAUCCGGAAUGAAGUAUUGCGUGUAUUUAAAGAGAGGUUUACAGACAGUCAUGCUUUGCUACAGAAGACACCAGCAGCUAUAUUAGCCGCACAGGAUCGACAAGGCCCCCCAGGACCACCUGGUAAUGAUGGCUCCCCAGGACCACCCGGAGAGCCAGGACCUCCAGGUCCCCAAGGGUAUCGAGGGCAGAAAGGGGAACGAGGUCAAAUGGGAUUAGGACUUCCAGGAGCUCCAGGCCCCACUGGCCCACCAGGCUCACCCGGAAUAGGAAUCCAGGGUCCCAAAGGUGCUCCGGGGCCAGAGGGAAGAUGUAACCCCAGUGACUGCUUCCAUCCUUACGCCAGACGGGACGGGUAGAAUCUGACGCAUCCUCAUCAAAACCCCAUUCGAUCCUGGAAACCUGUGAAGCAGCUCAUCUACACAAGCAUUAAAUCCUGUUGAAACAAACACAGGAUCCCUGCUGGAGGAGAAGAAACACACAAACGUCAUCCACACAGAGCAGCCAUUUCUGGUGAUGUCAUUUCAUCAUUUAUCUCCGUUUCAUUUCCCAUAUUUGUGACCAAUGCAUUUACUCAUUUCAAAUCUCAUCAUUACACUAAUCACACCGGACAGGCGUCAUGGCAGAUGCAGGUGGAAUGAGAAUUUAUAUUUGCUUAUUUUCUUCAAGCUGUUGUGAAGUUGAGUUUUGAUUCAAUUGUGAUGGCUCUAUGCAAUCUAAAAUAGAGUAUGUUAACAAAUAUUAAGCUAAUGUAAAUAACAGACAUGUAAUUUUGAAAAAUAUUUAAAUAAGUGUACUUUCCAGCCCUUGCUUGAGAAGGGAGUUAUUGUCAUGAUUAUCACCUCAGACGCAUGUGAGACCACUAGUAAAAUUAUGAACAAUUAAAUAUUUCAAUUUAAUAUUUUAUAGUAAAUAAAUUAUAAAAUAAUAUUACAUUUUCAUUUAUUGUUUCGUACUGUAGUAUUUAUUCUAUUAUUUAAUAAUUAUAAAUAAAUAUAUUCAAAAAUAUUUUUAAUUAAAAAUUGUAAUCAGCAUAACUCAAGUCGAAAAAAUUCUAAAGACAAAUUAAAUUGCAAAAUAUUUCUUAAUCGUUUCUUGUUCAUUUAAUCUUCCAUGUUCUAUAGAUUUUGAAUCCCAGAUCUACAAAGUAGUAUCAGAAUUUUGUUAAGUUUUGAUCAAACACAGCAACGAAUGAUGAAAGAAAUAAUUGUAUUGGUUUUGCUGUGUUGGCCAGUGCUGGUGAGGUGAAAACUGUUCAUGAUAUUAAUAAGCUUUAAUUGUUUACAGGAAAAUAAGACCGUUUAAACACCUUCAUACUGGUGUUGUAUGUACUGUAUAUUUUGUUGUGUACCUGGUUUGUUUUUCCAAA